UUGCUGAUAUCAACUGAGGCAACCGAAAGUCCCUACGCAUUCCAAAACUAUUCCUUCGGCUUGAUUAUACAGUCAGGAUAGACUUGAAGGUUAAUAUUGAAUUUACCUGCUUGCUUAAUGUGUGUAUUGUGCUAAUAGAAGAACGGUGACAUAAAAUAAAGUUGAAAUUUAUAGUUUAAGUAAAACGAUAUGGCUUCGAAGCAACAACAGUCAGAGGCCGAUGCGUCUGAGAUAUAUUCCUGUGACGUUGUGAGCGAAGAGAACGUGAGAAAAGCAGUAAAGCUUUUCUGCAGCGUUCUAUCGUCAACCGAUAUCGAUGAAACUACCAAACACUCACUACUCAUCCUGCAAGAUUACUUUAUAAAGUGCUUACCAUUCGAAGGCUCCGGUGUUUGGAAGAGCGCAAAAGUAUAUUUCCUUAAAGACAACAGAUUUAUUCUUCAAUCAGGCCCUGGUAUUCAUCCAAUGCGAGUACUAUUCAAUAUCAAAGGUGAAGCAUCCAUUGAGAAAAUGACACAUCCAGGACCAACAGACAGUCAUCGAAGUACGCAAGCGCACCCUCCUGUAAGUCGCCAACGGUCGAAGAGCGCUCGGGUGGUCAGACCUGCCGCACAAUCCACUAGCGGUGAUAAGCAAAAGCAUUUCGAGUUCCCUUGUGAAGAGAUCAAUCAGCGGAGCGUCGGGAAAGCCAUUCUCCGAUUCUGCGGAAACGAAGGUACCGUUGACAACAGCAACAAGGCGACUCUACGACGUUUAUUACAAGCGUUAAUCUCCUAUGUACCGCUUGAACCUCAAACGCGGUGGAAAGAUGCUGAAGUGAAAAUUUACGACGACGAUUGUGAUGUAUACAGAAUAUAUUCAGGGAACGGACAGAAUCGUUUUGUUGGAACAUUCGAUGGGAUGGGCAAUGCAAGAAUUGUCCGUGCCAAGUACGAUAAAUCAGAAUGUUGUGUCAUGUGACAACCUAUUAGUUUACAUGUAUAUGACUAUUUUUUGUAGAAUGGUGCUUAUAUUUCUGAUUUCAAUUUUCUAAUAAUAUUUUCUAUAAAUAUAUGCAAACAUGUUUAUUACAGAAUAUCUUAUUUUGGAAAACCUGAUUCUAUCAGGCUUGUUAAUAACUAAAUGAUAAUCUAUUGGUUCAGAAAAAUAGUAUUUUCGUUAAGACCGUGUUUUUAUGUGAUACUUCUCACAGUCUUUCGGACAUAUAUUUACCGAUAUUGAACGGAGAAACCAGAGAUACAUACGAUUAAUGAAAUGAAGAUCAGCAAGUGGUUGAUGUUAAUGUUAAUUGUUUUGCCUAGUGAUCCCAUAUACCUUUGGUACCAUUUGAAUUGUAAUGCUUGUUGUUUACUUAUUUGUCAAAUAAAUUACUGAUAGUACA